AUGGGGCACUUCAGAGACGUCAAAGACAUCGCAGCAGCUCCUGGACAGACUGGAAGGACCCCCUGGGGAGUUUGGUGUGACGGCCCCGUGCAGCACUCGCCCCUGGGCCUCAGCUGUGUUUGUGGAGCAGAUCUGGGCUGUUGCCACACGCAGGCUGGCCUCACCGCCUCAGGGCGCACUGCAGGCUAUAGCCUGGCCUUAAAGGACAUGAGCUACAAGAGAUGA